AUGCUGGUUGUACCUGGCUCAAAAUAUUUCUCGAACUGCCAUAACGGAAGACUGUUGCAGCAGUGUUGGAAAGAUUGGCAUCUGAUAAUUUGCAUACUGAUACAAGUCUCACCGUUUGUAGUCGGAGCAUGUUUGUACUUAAACAACAGUGCUACCAUAUCGUUUGUCUUCAUCAACACCAAUCUCAUGCUUAUUUCGCAGCCACUUGCCAUCACACAAAAGGCUUCGGCGUAUCACGUUACUCUGUCUGUGACUGUAGCGAGUUUAUCACUCGCUGCAUAUCUGUACAUUUUGACAACACAACGAUUGAAACGAAGCAGGCGCAAUUUGAAUCUAUCGCGUGGGCAAAAGGAUCGUUGCCUGGAGAUGCGCUUACUGUGCUUCUCGUUGAUCGAAUUCGUCGUAUUCGUCCUUAACUGUAUCAUAUCAAUAAUGCUUUCUGUUUUUGCUGAACAACACGGCUCAACCGUUGUCAAAGAGAUAUGGGCAUUAGGCACCGAUCUGAUGUGCUUGGUGAGCCCCUGGGGAUUAAUCAUUACUAGCAAUACAGUUCGACAGCUAGUGUUUGGCUUAAGAAGCGGUGAAUGA